GUUUGUCAGUUUCGCAAUCUGAAGUUCCCCAGUGCACAUCGAACAGACCGGAUUGGCGAAAUGGUGAUCGUUGUGGCCGUCUGUCUGCUGGUGAAUCUCGUGUCUGGGUUUGCGAAUGAUGUGUCGCCCUGUCUAGGAGGUAAGCUGCAUCUUCCGCAUCCAACCGACUGCAACCGGUAUCUGACGUGCGUCGGCGAACGUCCGAUCGAGCAGCAUUGUCCUCGCGGCUCCGAGUGGGACGUCCUGGAAGAGACCUGUGUCGUUCCGGAGGUUCCAAAAUGCGCCCACGUGGAACCGUUGGCACCGGUGUAUCCGACACUCGUCACUAAAUGUCCGCCACAGCUGAAUCGCUGCCCGGUGACCGCGAAUCCGAUCGAGGAGGUGAUCUUUAUGGCGCACAGUGAUUGUCACAAGUUCUACGCAUGCGUGUCGACGAUGCCGGUCGAGCUGAGCUGUCCGAAGCGAUUGUACUGGGACCAAGAAUCGUGCCGGUGCGAUUAUGACCAGCCGGAAGGGUCUGGCUGUGUUCCGGAAGAGCUGAGACCCACGGUCCCGAAACGGGUGCGUCGGUCGGAUGAUGAAACGACCACGGUGGUACCGGAAGUGUCCAGUGCGACUAUCCGCGGGUUUUCCUCGGUGUUAGUGCUGAUUGUGACAAUGAUACUGAAUGUGUCUUAAAACUGGAACGAAACGGUGGCAAAAACCGAUAGAUAUUGGCACAAGAUUUUCAACAAAGUGUGGUUAUUUGAUCAAAGGCUCGUUACGUGGAACUGCCCAGUUGAAAUUUGAAUAAAUAAAGCAGCAUAUUCGAUCGAAGCUGUUAAAGGUUAUUCUGGUUUACAUUUCAUGUUGAUGUGUAAGCAAAAUUUAAUCACACUUUUCACUACUUUUUGAGAAGAUACGGGGGUAUUCAGUAGGAUUAAAAGAAUCAGAAAUAAUUAUGCAAUUCCCAAAUAAUAAAGAUGAUCCUUUUUGUAAUAAAA